UUGCAAUCCAAUAAGUGGCGGUAAUGUGGGUUUAACCUGGUUGCCAAGCGACAUUCAUCUUAACGAAGAAAAAGACAUACAGCACGAUGUUGUUUGCGGAAGCUAUGGCGGAAGCUGACAAAUUCAAGUCAUGUGACGAAGUGGGCGACUAAACUGUUUGAAAUGGACGCGUUAGCGAACACCCGCAACCAAACGAUGGAAGAAAUCAAAGAUUCUCCAGACUAUAACUGGUUCAGAAGCACAGUUCCCCUGAAAAGAGAUGGAGUUGGUGUUGACCUCCCACUUCAUGUCCUGGGAGACUGUGAUACCCAGGAACUUGAAGGUCUCGACGGUUGACAAAGGGCAGUUGGAUAGUGUGAGGGGCAGCUGCAGUGAAGGAUGUUUCCUGAAGUCCACGAUCAUCUCUACCAUCUUGAGCGUGUUCAGCUCCAGAUUGUGUUGGCUGCACCAGAGCUCCAACUGCUGCACUUCUUUUCGAUUAUUGUUGAUGAUGAUGACAGCAAAGUGUGGUCCUUGUAUGACGCCGGCCCGAAGAGCGUCAGGUGCCCAAUCAUGUUCCUUCCGCCUGUCAGUGGAACCGCAGAGGUGUUCUUCCAACAGAUGUUGGCUUUGACGGGCUGGGGCUACAGGGUCAUAUCUCUUCAGUAUCCAGUGUACUGGGAUCUCAUGGAGUUCUGUGAUGGAUUUCGGAAACUUCUCGAUCAUCUGCAGUUAGAUAAAGUUCAUCUUUUUGGUGCAUCCUUGGGUGGCUUCCUGGCCCAGAAGUUUGCAGAGUUCUCAUGCAAGUCCCCCAGGGUGCACUCUUUGAUACUGUGUAAUUCGUUCAGCGAUACUUCCAUCUUUAACCAGACAUGGACAGCGAACAGUUUUUGGUUGAUUCCAGCUUUCAUGUUGAAGAAGAUUGUUCUAGGGAACUUUGCAAAAGGACCCGUCGACCCAGAAAUGGCUGGCGCGAUCGACUUCAUGGUUGACAGGCUGGAGAGCCUAAACCAGAGAGAGUUGGCAUCCAGGUUAACGCUAAACUGCCAGAACUCUUACGUGGAGCCACACAAAAUCAAGGAUGUUGCUGUGACUCUUAUUGAUGUUUUUGAUCAGAGUGCGUUGUCUUUAGAAGCAAAGGAAGAGAUGUAUAAAUUGUUUCCAAAUGCCAAACGAGCUCAUCUGAAAACUGGCGGAAACUUCCCUUACCUUUGCCGAAGUGCCGAUGUGAACCUCUACAUCCAGAUUCAUUUGCGGCAGUUCCACGGAACGCGGUAUGCUGCCAUCGACCCGGCAAUGGUGAGUGCUGAGGAGCUGGAGGUCCAGGAAUGCCACCUGAAAACGUGCCAAGAAUCUGAAGAGGAGCAGUGAUGAGCAUUUUGAAGCUCUGCCAAAAUGUCACUGAAGCUUUUUGAUUAAAAAAUGGCAUUGAUAAAGUAUUGUUUAUUUUGUCUGUAUAAAAUGUUAGUCAUCAAGGGCAUUGUAAUCCGCAAAUGUUGAUUUUGGCAACUGAACUCCUCUUGGUUGUUGGUUGUUCAUGUUUCGCCUUGGACCCAAAAGCUACAAUUCAAUUUGUUUGCUGCGAGGUUCCCACAUGUACAAUGCUCUAAAGAUUUCCCCCAUUCCUGACGUGUUUAUUUUUUUGGUCUCCGAAACCUCAUACAUGUACGUCACAAUUUUUUUCCCAGAAAAUCUAAACGAUUGUUCAGUGCGCAGGUGUGUGUGUGUGUUUUUAACGAAUUAUUGAUAUUAAGUUUUGAAAAUGGCUUGCUUGCUUUAAUGUGAAUGGUUGUCCAAACAUGCCGUUUUGGGGGACGUCUGAACAGUGACAAUUUUAGAAGUAUGAGGAGGGCACUGACAUUCGUCACACUUACUGAUAUUUAUAUUUUUGGAUCUCUGAUAAACUGUAGAUGGAUGAAUGGAUGGAUUUUUGGAUCAUUGGGCUAAUUAAUUUUCCUCCCAACACAACCCAAUUAAAUACAUUUCUAAUGGCCGAGUUUACAACAGGAGUUAACUCUAAUUUAUCACAGUUUUUGGAAAGCAGAGUUCCAUUUCACUGUUCACACCCAGGCCCUAGGACCAAGACAUUCAUUAAAAAUCACUGCUCAAAUGACGUGGUUGAUGACAGUCGAAACCGGCUGUACCACGUGACCGGUUCAGGGAGCGGAUCGUGAAGUUCAGUUGGAAAAAUGUCUAUUUUGAAUAAAAAUGAAUACGAGAAAAAUUUUGCGCAAGAAAACCUCUUCUUUGCAUGCGCUUAUGACCACUCGGUGGUGCUAGAGGGGAUUGGACUACGUUUUGAAGCCUCGACACAUGAGUCACACCAGUUGCAUGGCAAGCCUCAAUGCUUGAAGGAGCUUCAGCUCACCAACACUUAAUUGUGUGCGGGGACCAAGAUAGUUCAUUGCUGAUCUGAACUCCUUGGUGACGUGGCUGGGCUGAAAUUUCAAGUCAACAGCAAUCUCCUUCGUCCAGUCGACACUUGCUCGUUUCUUACAUUGGUCAACAUAACACUGGUCAACAAUUUUUUACAAAAUAUUUUUAAUCAGAGAUGCGAGAUUAAUUGUGGUCGAUUGUGAAUCUGCUGUUUUUUUCCCUGUAGCACCUAAAGUUAUAAUAAAAAUGAUCUACUGUAUGUAAUAUAUUAAGUGAUGCAUAUGAAUUAAAGUUGAGCAACAUGUGGUUUCUGAAACAUGCCUAUCAAUAGUAAGCGCAGGGGGAAACCUGUUUAGCGGGAGAUUGUAAAGGUCAAACAUAAAAAUAAAAAUAUAUCACACACGGUGCGCGAGGAAAAAGAAGGAAGUGUUGGAUUUAUUAUUUUUUAGUAAUCAUACAUUCACGUAUUAUUCGAUUGAGUCUCGCGUCGUCUAUUUAUGCUCGCAAAGAAGAAUGCUUCUGCCUGUCAUGAUAGUUUGAUUUUGCCUGCAAUGAAGAACGCUUAUGCUUUCAAUAAAGAUAUAUGCUUUAUUAUUUACUCACAUCUAUAAUCAUUAUAUAUUCUUCAUUAUAUGCUCACUUUUGAUUGCUGUACUGUGUGAAAGGUUAGGGUCGCAACCACUUUUCCGACGACGUGGUUGGAAGAGAUAACUGUUAAGACUAAACAGUGAGCAAGGGUGAACAGUGAAUGGAGACAUCAACACCAGCUGCAACAUGAUGUUUAUUUGACAUUUGCACACAUGUACGUAAAUUGCACUCACAUAGUCAAACAAGUUCAGUGUGUGUUCAACAGCCCCCACCCUUUAGGUUGGACACACCUAUGUAGUAGCUUUCCCAAUAAAUGAGGAGGUGAAGGGGGAGAUCGUUAGGGUUACGUGCCGAGAACUGAAACUGAACGCUUCUCCUCGUUCCCUCCUGGUACCAGAAUCGAGUCUCCUGUCUCCUCCUUUUGGUUAUUCCUGAGUGUCAAAUUGGACCAACCUGACAGAAGACAUUUUAUAUCAGCAUCAAAAAUACAUUUAGGGGCACAUGAAACAAUCUCUAAGAUUUUGUGUUUUGUAGUAUGGACUAAAUCUGAGAACCGGGAUCACCAAUGUGGUGCCGGUGGGCACCAAUUUCUCCAAGGACCACAUGGGUAGCCCAUGAGCCUGACAUUCACUGUUCACACCCAGUGCAAUUUUCUUGGAAUCUUUUGUCAGUGAUCAAUUGAGAACAUGAUCACUGGUGGAGAUUUAUAGAAAUUACUUUGCGUUGUUGAUAUUCAUGUUUCCAAAUGAAAGUGAGAAAUCAACAUGA